AUGUCGACUACUGUGAGAGCUCCACGAGAAAGACAGUUCCAAGUUGUCCCUGUGCCAGGAGUUUUCACUCGAGGUCGAUGGAAAUGUCGUGAUUACCGUGAAGAUGAUCACUCUGAUCGUGAUCACAUACUCGAUUUCACUGAUAUCCGUGAACGGGAAACCACAGGAGAUACAGUCAACGCAGCCGAAAAAGCUCCUUCGAAUGAAAGGACUGCAGAGUCAAAAUCUAGUCACGAUGUGAAGGAAUCGUCAACAAUUGUUGUGACUUCCAUAGCACCUGCACAGACAACUCCUCAGCGUGUGAACACUCCUCGUGAAGCAGAGCGUGCUAUGAGAGAUCUUGAAAGGGGGCAUCCUGGGAGGAUCUUUUCAUUGGAUAGUGAGGCAAUCGCUCCUGUUCAGCGUAAGACAUCUGCGCAAGUGGCUGAGGGGAGCACUUCGCCGGUUGACGAAGAACAUCCACCUCCUGCAAAUGGUGCAGUCGUGCCAACACCGAACGUGGUUGCAAUCGAUAACAAGAUAGAGCAGGCCAUGGAUUUGGUAAAAACACACCUCACAUUUGCUGUUCGCGAAGAAGUCGAGGUGUUACGGCAAACCAUUGUCGAAUUGGAGCAGCGAGUAGCUUCUUUGGAAAGCGAGAAUCAAUUGCUGCGACAGUAUGCACCUGCGGAUGUCUUGGCGAACAUUGCCAGUUUGGUUCAGCAACGAAAAAUUGCAAGUUCCGCUGCAUCGGCAGGUCAGAAUACGCCUGUCGCUGCUCCUCCGAAGAAAUAA